AUGGACCACAGAAAGGUGUUAGCAAUCAAAGAUUGGCCUGAACCAAAAGGAGUAGUAGAGUUAAGAUCAUUCAUAGGGUUGGCUAAUUAUUAUCGUAAGUUUACCAAGAGUUUGUCUUAUAUAGUAGCCCUAUUGACAAAACUCUUGAAGAAAGAUCAACGAUGA